CACUAGCUUAGCCAGAUGAUGCUAGAGAACGGCUCCUGACCGGAUACUGGAGGGGUCUGGCAUUGCCAUGCCAAAACCUGGAUGAACCGGGCACUCACUGAAAACAGAAUCCAGACCUCCAGCUCCUUAUGGCUGUAUAUGAUGAGAACAUCCUGAAGAAUCCUUUCUACUUGGCACUGGAGAAGCAGAGGCCGGACCUCUGCAAACACGUGGCAGAGCUCCACGGUAUUGUUCUGGUGCCUUGCUGUGGAAGUUUGACGGCCAGCAGCUUCUCAGACUCUCACUUUGACAGCUAUGUCCUACAGCCUGUCGAGGAGGGAUACAAGACAGCUGAUGGAAAGGAGGUCAAGAUCCAGGACAGACAGGUCCUGCUGGGAUCUGGCACACCAUCUCCAACAUCGGUCCCCAUCCUGUUCGAGGAAACCUUCUACAAUGACCAGGAGCAAAGCUACAGCAUCCUGUGCAUCUCCAGGCCUGUGGAGGUGGAUCCAAGACAGACCGAGGUCAGCCCACCACCCCCUUACUGCCUGAAGAGCCUGGAGGAUGUCAGGGAGUUCCUGGGUCGCCAUGCCCAGAAACUGGACAAGUUCAUCCACUGUUUCUGUCAGGCUUUCAAAGAGCAGGAGAGGAAGGGACUUCGUCACCACAUAGACUCAGUAAACGGUCUUUACACUAAAUGUCUUCAGUGUCUGCUAAGAGACUCUCGCCUGAAACUUCUGGCAAAGCAGGAGCUUCAGAUGACCCUUCUCAAACAGGCAGUGGAGAUGUACAUUCAUCAUGGUAUCCAUGACUUAAUCUUUAACUUUGUGGGGACACUUGAAGCCAGCCAGGACGCCGCCUUCAACAAAACCACCCGGAGCCUGCAGGAGCUGCAGCAGAAAGACCUGGGAGUCAAACCUGAGUUUAGCAUAAAUUUGUCUCGGGCGAAGAGGGAGCUGAGUCAGCUCAACCAGCAAACGUCCCCCCUCCUCAAACUCCUCUGCCUGCGGCGAGUUGCCCUGACAGCCACCCAGACGCCCAGACGCACUGUCGUAGUGUCAGUGACUGAAUGCAUGUCUUCCGUCGCAGUCAGUAUAGAUGCUGUGAGCGCCGAUGAUCUCCUCUCUGUCAUCCUCUACCUGCUGGUGAAGACCGAAAUCCCCAACUGGAUGGCCAACCUGAGCUACAUCAGGAACUUCUGCUUCAGCCACUCCAGCAAAGAUGAGCUCAGCUACUGUCUGAGCACAUUCGAAGCGGCGGUGGAGUACAUCAACCUGGGGAAGCUGCUGGACACGAACUCUGGUUCAGGUGAGCUGAAUGACAAGGCUCUGUUCAAGGAGAGGAUGAGUCUGCUGGCUCAGAGCUCUGCCAUGCCCAUCCACUGUCUGUUUGAGCACAUAGCAAAUGGAAACGAAGCUGAGGUGGAACGUCUGCUGAGUGAGGGAGAGGCCGAUGAGGACGUCAGGAUGUGUCACCCCCUCUGCUCCUGUGACCUCUGUGACCUCCAGCUGUCCGGGCGGUUGAAUGAUCCAUCUAUCGUCACACCGUUCUCCAGAGACGACAGAGGCUACACUCCGCUGCACGCUGCUGCUAUCUGUGGCCAAGCCCAGCUGAUUGAUGUGCUCGUUCGUAAAGGAGCUCCAGUAAAUGCCACAGACUACCACGCCCUCACACCACUGCACCUGGCCUGUCAGCGUGGAUACCAAGGGGUCACGCUGCUUCUGCUGCACUACAAGGCCAACACAGACGCUCAAGACAUCAGCGGCAACACACCACUCCACCUCGCCUGCAUGUACGGACACGAGGACUGCGUCAAGGCGUUGGUGUACUACGAUCUCCAGACGUGCCGCCUGGACCUGCAGAACGACAAAGGCGACACAGCGCUGCACAUGGCGGCGCGCUGGGGUUACGAGACGAUCCUGCAGGUGCUGCUGGAGAACGGAGCGAGCACUUACAUCCUCAACAAGAACAAAGAGUCAGCGCUGCAGUGUGCGCUCAACUCCAAGAUCCUCAUGCUGUUGCAGGCCAAUCAGAAUGGCCGCCAGCGCAGCGGCAGCGGAGUUGAUUCUCCCAGUCACUCCCCUCUGGCCUCAGACAGCAGCAGCCGCCGCUCCUCCCUCUCUAGCACAUCAUCCCUGGGGUCAGAGGCCAAACCAGAGGGAGAACGAGUCAGACACAGAGAGGUGGAGAAGCUGCUGCGAGCUGUGGCAGAUGGUGACGUAGAGAUGGUGCGCUACCUGUUAGAGUGGAUGGAUGAGGAAGAGGAGGAUGAAGCAGAAAUUCGCUCUGAUGUUGUGCUAUGCCAUCCUCUGUGUCAGUGUCCAAACUGCGCUCCCACUCAGAAGCUGUCGGGGCUGCAGCCCGGGACUCUCGGUGUUAACAGCUGUAACGCUGAUGGUUUCACACCCCUCCAUGUGGCCGCCCUGCAUGGCCACUCGGCGCUGGUCGCCCUUCUGAUCCGCCACGGGGCCAACGUCAAUGCCCGCACCAACCAAAGCGCCACACCCCUUCACCUGGCCAGCCAGAACAGCCACGUCCAGGUGGUAAGGUUUCUGCUGGAAUGCAACGCCAAACUGAAUAAGAAGGAUCACUAUGGCAACACACCACUGAUCCAUGCCUGUCUCUGUGGAAACCUGGAAACAGCGACCAUCCUAUUACAGAGCCAUGCGUUGGUGAACACGGCGAACCUUCAGGGAAACACGGCUCUCCAUGAGGCAGUGCGGAGUGGACACCAGGGACUGGUGGAGCUGCUGCUUAGGGGCGGGGCCUCGGUCGGCCUCAGGAACAAGAGGCAGAGGACGCCGCUGGACUGUGCCUAUGAACUGGGUGGCAAGAACACUGAAAUCCUGAGAGCUCUACAGAAAGCAUCUGGACUUUCUCCUGAUGCUGAACCAAUCAAACUCCUCUCUGUCCCCAAAGGAGCCCUGGCUCAUUCGUUUGUGCAGCGUUUGAGACUACAGGACCAUUCCAACGGCAGGAGACAGAAGGCGGCCCAGUCCAUCAGCAGGAUGCAGCAGAGGAAGAAAGGUUCCUCUGGUCCUCCUCCCAGGAGUUCACCAACCCUCAACCAGGUGAAUCCAGAAAGGCGUAGGUUGAGGCGUGUGGAGACGCUGGAGGUCAGCAGCCCCUCAGGAAGCCUCGAUGCCGUGUCUAGGCUAAAGGAGCGGCCCCUCGUUCGCUGUCACACCCUGGACUGUGGAGUUCCCACGCCAGAGUCUUCACACACUUCCAACACGUCUAAAUACAUUUCGAAAGAGUGUGAUCCGGUGGAUGACACACCCGCUCCCACAGCAACUGUCGACACUCUGCCUGCAGGCCUGCAGAUGUGCGGCGAAGCUGAUGAUACACAACCUGACACCAGUGAACCACAUUCCACUGAUGUUUCCUACUGCAGCACAGGUAGCGAGACCUCACCGUCUCCACCUUCUAAUGUGUUGUCACAAGCUGACACCUCAGCUGUCUACCCUCCCACACCCUCCCCGGACAGUAUCUCUGCUCUGGAUCAUGAAAACGAACAGUCUGACACCCACAGCCAGAUUGUCCUGCCUGUAAACCUAAAUUUAGACGAAUCAUCUGAAAGCCGGACUCAGACUGAAGCGGAAUCCGAGCAGUCUGAGGGUAGGGACGAAGACUCCUGCACCACCUGUCAGUCUGGCCCACACCCACUGAUCCAGACUGAUGGAGGCAGUCCAGGAAAAAACAAGCAAAUACCAGAAAUGAGCACAGAGUUUAAUCAGGGAGGCUGUGACUGAAAUGAAGACGUGGUGAGUCCUAGAACGAUUAAGAAUUAUUAGGAAAAAGGAUAAUGCAGACUCAUUCGAACAUGAAACAGAAACUAAAUGUUUGCCCAAAGGAAAAAAAAGGGAGGUUGAGAUUUGUGAUUAUAUGUUACUGGCUCUAACCAUCAGCUAAUUCAUACUGUAAUAAUAAAGUGUAAUUUGUGGGGUUGAUUCACCCAACUUACAAAAUAAUGUUUUCUCACUCGGGGCUGUGCUGGUUUUAUUAGACCAGGUUUUGGGAUAAAGUCUCCUAGAUUUCUGCCUUCAUUCCAGUACAGUAGAGGUGAAGGGACUUUUUGUGUUUGUGUUGUCAGUGAGCAAUGAAAUUCAGUUUGAGUGGCAGAUCGAGCAGUUUCAAGAUCUGUGAGGCACCAAAACACUACAGAGAGGGUGACAGGAUAAUUCAACUCACAGACGGUGAUAAUGGUGAUAACUAGUAUGUAAACAGUAGAAUUACAUGGUUCAUUUUACAAAAUAGGUCUAAUUGGCGACUUACUUUGCAGCCCUGCUUAAUCACUGACAUAAAUCAGAAGUUGCAUUUUUUUCACAAACGUCACCGACGAUACUUUUUUCAAGUGUGUCUCUUCACUUGUUCUUUUGUAGAAAGUAGUUUAAAAAAAAAAAAAACACUGGUCAGUGGGUACUGGCAUGAAACAACCAAAACCUAGUUUCUCAAAAGAUUUGCUGAAUGUCACUUCAGUGGAGGCAGGAAUCUGAUGGCAACACCGUUAUUAAUGUAAUGUGAGAGAACACUCACACAUGGUAGUUCCCUGUCUAUCUUAUACAAACAAGUGAAUAUGGUUGAGUCACUAGGUUGAGUUAAUAUGUCCUGUCUCAGCUCCGGGGGUUCCUCAAGCAAAUAUGUGGGAAAAAUAGAUUCUGACCUCUGAGGAUGACUUUGGUCUCAGCCGCUCAGUCAUCAUCUCCUCUCAUCUGACUUUGAAGCACUUUCUUCUUCUAGCCUUCACUUAAAGAAAAGGGAUGCAAAUGGACUUUGUUAUGCGUUGAUUUCAUUGCUUUAGUCUCGUAUUCUGCCUCUAGACUGUAGGUCUGACUAGAGCACCAAACUUCAUUUGAAAACACAUUUUUCUGUUUGUUUGUUUUACUUGAAUACUCAAUAUUACCUUGGCUUAUUUGUUAAAAUUGAUUCACGCUUUGGUUGGUUUUCUCUUAUCUCCUGUUUAACACCAUGUCACUUCCUGUUAUUGUUUUAUUAGAAAAAUGGGAUUUUAUUUAUGAUGGCAGUGUGCUGUGAGUUCAGAGAGGUUCAGCUUCUCCUGGAUGUUAGUGCAUGUUCUGCACACACACACAGAGCAGUUUAAAGAAUUACACAGAUGGCUCUGCAUGCUUAGGUUUGUCAGUUAGUUUUGUGUUUUACUUGACAGUUUCUCAAAUCAUACCAAAGGAUAUCAGAUGGAUUUCCUUCCAUUCAGCCACAGAUCGUAGAGACUCACUUGCAACAUGUUACAUCACCUUUAUUUGGGACUGUAUGCAGCAGCUCACAGGUUAGGGAACAUAAAAUCAAAAUACAGUCCCCCAAAAAGUAAUUUGUGGUGCAUUCAAUAACACAGAAAGGAACAUGCCAGGAAAAAAAAAUAAAAAAUACUGUAUAUCAGAAAUGAAACCUAGAAGACCAAUAAUUCCAUAGAAACAUGCAUGUGGCUGGACUGAGCCAUCUGGUUCAGUUGUAUGUAUUCCUAUACAGUAUGAUGUUAUUGACAUAGCCAUAUCAGGUUUUUAUAAAUUUCUAUUGUCCAUGUAACUGAUUCCACCAAACAGAGAUGAAUUAGCCCAAAUGCAACCACUGAUCACCAGCUACAGAGGUUUUUGUACUAGGAAUGCUUUUCUUUUUUUACUAUUAUUCAUAUGUGGCUUUUAGUCAUUGGAAAAUUUCACAGUUGGCAGAGUGUGGAUAGAAUGGGCUUUACUGUUUUAUUUAUUUUAUUUUUUGGGACAUUUUAUGAACUGAAUAAUGAACUGAUAAAGCAAGAAAGCAAACCAUUCGUGUUUGUUUGGUUACAGCGUGAGAUAAAAAGUGUUAGAAAAUGAGUUUGUUCCAGGACACACCAUGAGGACAUUAGACAGUUGUAUAAAAGUAUGAUUAUUCCACAUGUUUUUGCACAAAUGUGUCAUAUCCUGAUUUAGAUUACUCAAUAAAGGUUGGGAAUUAUUAAAAUCAUUUGAUAUUAAUGGUUUGACCAACUUUAUCCCUGUGUCAAGUCUCUGUAACAGGAUUUUCUUUUUUGCAGUGUACUGAAAAUGUAUAAAGCAGAUGGCUGCUUGUGAGUAUACCAAUCUACAAACUGGUGAUAUGAUUUGAAAACCGCAUAGAUGUAAUGUAAACAUACAAUGGUAUGUGUUAAACAUGCGGAACUAGUAGAUUUGACUUUCAACAUUAUGAGAUGCUGACAGAGCUACAUGCCAACAAAAUAACAGCUGCUGUACUGUAUAACCCUCACAAUCAGUGUUACUGUUCCCAGUGUCGCCACAUGGUAGUUUCACCUAGUUCACUUGUUAGUGUAUGUAUGCGUGUGUAUGUGUAUUAGAUGACAGUCGGCUUUAGUGAGGGUGAAGCUGAAACUGAUCUUAAUACCGUUUACCGUUUUUGUGUCCUCUGUACUCUGCUGUCUUUGGUACAUAACGCAGAAUCAGCCUCUUUCUGUUUCAUUGUGUCUAAUUUAAGCUGCAUCGAUGUCAAUCUAUACCAGAAGCCACGUAUCGAUGAUUUUUUUUUUUUUUUUUUUUUUUUUACCACUGUUUUUAUUUUCAUGUUUGAGUGUUUAAAAACGAUGCGAAUGUGCCUUAUUUAAAUUACACCCACGUAACCAAUAAUAAACAUUUGAUUCUGACAAAUUA